UGCCUGCGGGCGAUCGCGUAGCAGCUGUCAGUUUGGGGCUGUGGUUCCGUUUCAUAAUCCGGCGGAAGCGGGUGAACUUUUCUCCUGCUGUCUCGCUACGAAAGCGUCCGUGGAGUUUUCGACGGGUCUCGUUCCGGGUUUGGUCGGUUUCCGGUUGCUGUGCUGCGUGUGUUGCGUGCGUGUUUGUUGUGCCGUUUGUGUGGACGUGAUUCUUGCUUGAACCUUCGAUUGUGCUCCAGUGCUAGUGAUUGUGGAGUGGCAUAAACCCCAAGAUCGUCCCGGGUGCCAUUGCGAGUACCGCCCACACACAACCGCCGCUCACUGCGUGUUGGAAGUCGAGCAUCCUAGAAGGUUGAUCGUAUAGGUUCGCUAAACUGGAAUUACAAAGCGAUAUUGCUGCAAAAAUUUAAAGUAACGUCUGUUUUGUGUGCAGUACUAACACUGUUGUUGCUAGUGUUUUGUGUGCAGUACUUCUAGGGCAAGGCCGCGUUUCCUUUAUUUUCUCCCUGGUUACCAACGUAUCGACCCUGACAGUGUAACUGUCUGCUACCGCCGCUCCAACACUAGUCGACCCACACACCCUAACCAUGUGGUGGAAAUUCAUCGUCGAGGUUACGAAUGAGUACAAGAUCCUGCGGGGCAUGAUUUCGUACUCGGCGCUCUGGCCGAUCGGGUGUCUCAUUCAACAGACGUUCGAGGGCAAGCGGCUGAAGAACUACGACUGGGAGCGAUGCUUACGCUACAGCCUAUACGGUACGUUCGUGUCCGCGCCGAUGCUCUACUGCUGGAUGCGAUGCGCCAACAUCAUGUGGCCCCGGACGGACUUUCGGUCGUCGUUGGCGAAAGCGUUCACCGAGCAGGCCGCAUACGACCCGUUCGCCAUCGUGCUGUUCUUCUACGGCAUGAGCAUCCUGGAGCGCCGGUCGCAGCAACAAGCCGGUGACGAGGUACGGGACAAGUUCUUUGACACCUAUAAGGUCGGGUUCUUCUACUGGCCGAUGGUGCAGACGGUAAACUUUUCGCUGGUCAAACCCAAGAACCAGAUCGUCGUGGCCGGGUUCUUCAGUCUCAUCUGGACAACGUUUCUGGCGUACGUAAAGACGAGCAAAAAGCAGACCACCGAGUUGGCAGCAGCGAUGUAGAACUGUAAAAAUUCUUUCGACUUUUCCGAUUGGUUACAACAGUGGUAGACUGAUUUAGGUUGUUGCAAUGUAUCUCUAAAGAGCUACUGUAAAGUGUAUCUCUCAACGAUGGUGCUAAUAAAUAGAUAGUUUGUAUUUAU